CUCGGCAACGCGGGGGCGGAGCCACAUGACUGGCAGUGGCAUCUGCGAUGGCGGCUGCGUCGGGGUCAGUUCUGCAGCGCUGUAUCGUGUCGCCGGCUGGGAGGCAUAGCGCCUCUCUGAUCUUCCUACAUGGCUCAGGUGAUUCUGGACGAGGUUUAAGAAUGUGGAUCAAGCAGGUUUUAAAUCAAGAUUUAACAUUCCAACACAUAAAAAUUAUUUAUCCAACAGCUCCUCCCAGAUCCUAUACUCCUAUGAAAGGAGGAAUCUCCAAUGUAUGGUUUGACAGAUUUAAAAUAUCCAAUGACUGCCCAGAACACCUUGAAUCAAUUGAUGUCAUGUGUCAAGUGCUUACUGAUUUGAUUGAUGAUGAAGUAAAAAGUGGCAUCAAGAAGAACAGGAUAUUAAUAGGAGGAUUUUCUAUGGGAGGAUGCAUGGCAAUGCAUUUAGCAUAUAGAAAUCAUCAAGAUGUGGCAGGAGUGUUUGCUCUUUCUAGUUUUCUGAAUAAAGCAUCUGCUGUUUACCAGGCUCUUCAGAAAAGUAAUGGUGUACUUCCUGAAUUAUUUCAGUGUCAUGGUACUGCAGAUGAGUUAGUUCUUCAUUCUUGGGCAGAAGAGACAAACUCAAUGUUAAAAUCCCUAGGAGUGACCACCAAGUUUCAUAGUUUUCCAGAUGUUUACCAUGAGCUAAGCAAAACUGAGUUAGACAAACUGAAGUCAUGGAUUCUUACAAAGCUGCCAGAAGAAACAUAAAAGCAAAAAUGAAUGAAUCAAGAGUGAUUGUUAACAUACGUGUAAUGUCUUUGUGAAAAGUGAUUUUUACUGCCAAAUUAUAAUGAUAAUUAAAAUAUUAAGAAAUCUCAAUUUCCUGACUUAUUUAUUAUUAAAAUGCUUAUCACUGUAGAGAGUAGCUAGUCUUAUUAAUGAAAAUCAAUAGACAAACAUCUGUGCAUAAUUUUUCCGACUCAAUUCUGCAAAUAUUUGGAAACCUUUUAAGUAUUUAAAUGUUUAAAUUUUUGAAAUAAAGUAUUUUUAACUAAUAUAAAUAAGGACAAUGAAAAAACAUGAAAGGAGUUAGGAUAGUGUUAUUUUAUCUUUUCUACAACUGUAUUUAAAUUACCUUUCCAAAAAUAUUUGUGUUCGUGUAAUUUUCCACAGAAUAACAUUAAUACUCUAUAAAGCUAUUUCACAUUAUCUCAUCUGAUCCUCACAAGAGCUUUGUGCAGUAAGCUGAGUAGUUGUUAUUGGUAUUUAAUAAUGACGAUGGAGAGAGGGGUUAAAGACUUUCCCACAGCUUCCAGGUCAACACAAGAAAUUCAGGUUUCCUGAUUCUCAGUGGAGCUCUAUUCCUGUUAACCCAAAUUGCUGCUCUGUUUUAGGUCUCAAUCUUAUCUGUAAAAUGAUACUAAUAAUACUUAUCCUAUGGGAUUUUUAUUGAGAUUUGAAUAAAUAAAUAGCCAGAAACCAGUACAUGAUAAACACUCAAUAAAGAUUAACCAUAAGGAGAGUCAUGAUCUGAUUCCAGGAAUAUAUUGUUAAAUAAUGACCGAAAAAUGAAAUUGUAUUACUUCAAUGAAAAUACUAUAAAUAAUAUUUUCAUAUAUUAGUUGGUUCUCUCUCAGGCAUAUAUCUCAUUUUAUUUGAUCCUCACAACUUUUUAAGUUUGAUAAAAUGUACAUUAUCCCUAUUUGUGUAAAUAGAAUCAUGCAAUGUCUGCCCACUUGCAUUCAACAAAAUUAUCUUGAGAUUUUUCCAUGUCGUGUGCAUUAAUAGUUAUCUGUUUUAUUGCUCAGUAGUACAUUGUGUGGAUGUAUCACUGUUUGUUUAUAUAUUCACCACUGACAGAUACUUAGGUUGCUUCCAUCCAGUAUGAGGCUGUAAUAAAUAAAGCUGCUAUGAAUUCAUG